UUGUAUUUCAAGAUCAUCAGCACCUAUCGAUAUAGUAGAAAUAGAGAAGUUCUAAGUUCUUUCCCAGAAGAGCCCACCUGCAAAAGAUGCAAGACCCAGAGACCAUCAAUGAAAUUAAGAGUGAAGAUGUCCAGGCGAAUGAUUCCUUGGGUAGUGACAAAUACUACUAAGGUCCCAGUGGCCGAGGUCUGCCGGCUGAUCUUAGUUUACAGAGAACCAGUCCACUUAAGCGAGUUGAUAGCCAAUUUCGAGAACAACAUGAAAGAUAACGUUAGAUAUCUCAUGUCGAGGACUGUACACCUUGCAGUUCGUGCUCCCAAAGGAAAAGACGAAACCUGCUCCAGGCAAAGCAUUCCAAACUGCUUUCCCAGAUCUAUCCAACCAAAAAAGAAGGACAAGUGCACCAUCACUGUUGAUAAGGACGAGCUGAUGGAACUACUUGGUCUGACAGAUAAGGAAUGA